AUGGAGCAGGUGUUGCAGAAACUGAUGGAACUGCCCUUAUUUGAGAUUGACGCUAUCACAAACCUCAACGCUCUCAGUGAAGCUUUGCGUCGUGCCGGGAAACCAGCAGAUGCGGCCAUUCGCGUGAAUAUCAAUGUUUAUGGACAGAAUUCUGACAGCGACAGGGUAGGGCGCGGCCUUUCAAAGAAAGGUCUCCUCCAGCACCCGGAUGGCUUCCGUGAAGAGGUCAUAUAUCAUAAUCCACAACUUCUGCGACUAUCUGGAAUGGAUGACACAGAUACUGAGGAAGAAGAGGAAGCCGCUGAAGUGGAGGUAUUGGAUACUCCCCCUGAACGCGACGAGGACUUCGAGGAGACCAUUGCGGAGGUCUUUAACUCAUUGAGACGAAGAGAUCAUCUGACUCGGCUGGAAGGGAGUGAAACGCUUAACGGAGCCUUAUACCCGCACCAAGGAGAAGCCUUGGACUUCAUGUUACAGCGAGAUACUGGCCUUAUUUCAGACGAAUACCGGCUGUGGCAGCCAAAGUCUGCGGGCCGGGAGCGACUAUAUUAUCAUGUUAUCACCGGUAAUGAACAGGGGGCACAACCCGACGAGAGUGGUGGAGGGAUUCUUGCUGAUGAGAUGGGCAUGGGAAAGUCCCAGACUACCCUAGUAGUGAUAGCGAAGACGCUCAAAGACGCACGUCAGUGGGCCGAUAAUAAGAAAGCCUUUCCAGGAGCUUCCCUGGCUGAGACGCCUACUCGGGCGACGUUGGUUAUUGUUCCCUCGCGCGCCCACAUGAUCCACCGUCGAAGCACAACGUUCCACAGGGCUGUGGUCGAGCUGACAGCCAAAUCACGCUGGUGCCUCUCAGGAACUCCCAUUCAGAAUAGCUUGACCAAUCUGGGCUCGCUGUUGGCCUUUAUACAACUCAAGCCUUUCCACGAUCCGAGAAACUUUGGUCACUGGAUAGCCAAUCCGUUCGGCGCCAGGGAAACCAAGCGGAAAGCCAUUGAAAGGCUCACACUCCUUCUAGAGGCCAUCUGUCUCCGACGGACGAUAGAAAUGGUUGACCUGCCCGGUCAGAGACUGGAAUCACGCACUAUCCAAUUUACCCCUCAAGAACGUGCUAAUGAUAAUGCAGGACAGACGACCCAAGUAUUAGAAAAUUGUAAGCAUGUUCUAUGCGAUGACUGCUCCCAGGGCAGCGACAAUAAGUUGGAUCUCAAGGAGAGGCGCCACUGCCGGCUUUGUGAGUCCCUUAAAGGGCCACGCUUCCGUGCUUAUGGAACUUCCGAGACAAGUCAAAGGGAUGGAAACGGGGCCGAUGAUCUAGAAGCAGACGGUUACUCAUCCAAAAUGAGAGCACUUAUUUCCGACGUGCAAAGUAUCAUAUUCUCAUGCUGGACACGAACGCUCGAUCUCAUUGCAAGGCACCUGAAAGCUUCGAAUAUAGACAUUGAGCGUAUUGAUGGGAAAACAUCGACAUCCCAGCGUCAAAAGAUUCUCGACAAGUUUGAUGGCACUAAGACCGCCCCCGUCUUAAUUAUGACAACAGGCACAGGGGCAUUUGGGUAUGGAUACGCGUUUGGCGCUUAUUGA